GCGGAACGCAUCGUGUAUAUUCCGUCGAAGCUUCGUUACCGAGUGCUCGAUCGGGCGACCCUGUCGUGUACACGAUGUCGCUACGACGUGCGUGACGAGGGCGGUCGCGAUUCUAUUAUGCGAGCCAGCGUUCGAAAAGUUUUCGCGGAAUGAAUCUUGCCGUUCCUCGAUGCCGGCAAUUCUCGUUCGUUUUCCUUUCCUUUGACACUGCUGGAGUAGCCUUCCGCUGACGCGCCACCUUGCUUCCGAAUUAUUCCGAUUGUUUAUACCAAUCCCGAGUCUGUCAGCGCGCGAAGCUUUCUGCGCGAAUAUCGGACGCAAGCUUGCGUCAACGAGUGAUUCUCGAGGCGCAACUGCUCCGAUAUAUGCUGGCUGCUAUCUCUUUCGAUCUGUAACGCAGUUCUGUAAGACAGGAAUUUUCAACCGGAAGAGGAGGUCUCGUGGCAUCUUCCUCAGAUGCAAAACGGAAUACCUGGCAAGCAACUUUGAAUAAUACCUCAUAUUCGCGUUCAAUCGCGUAGUCCUAUGCGAUUUUCGCUCGUCUUCGAUAUAUCCGUAAAAAAAAAAACAUAUAACACUACAUAUGAUAGGCGUGUGCCCUCCAUGCAUUAACGCAGUUCAAGGUAUUUCGCGGUUUCAUCAGUGCAAUAUCUAGCAUGCACCUGCAUUGCGUUUUACACAGCAAUGCGGAUGUUCGGGGCAUCUCCCUGCCAGGAUACAUGUAAUUUGGGCACGUCGCAAGUUUAACUGCGAGCGCUGCAAGCGAUAAAAUGUAGAUCGACAUAUCCUCCUUUACAUUCCCCGGGACAUUAUUCAGCGGCUGCGGGCCGAUCACGUGCGUCUCCUCGUGACUGCUUCCUCUCCCAUCGCCGGUGAACAUCUUAUCGCACGCGUGUGACAAAUCGACAAUCGAACGAGUUCGUGCCGUCAAACGUAAAGUGAACUUGAGCGCGAUGGACAUCCUCGCUUCGUUAGACUUGUAAUUGUGCGGUCACCGAGAUACUAUAAGAGGAUAUUGUAAGAUAUUAUAAGAUAGAGGAGAGAGAUACCUGGAGAAAGGAGAGGACAGAGGAAAACCGCCGACAGGACGGCCGUCGAGAGGGACAAGAGCAAAAUGAGGGCUCCGUUGCUCCUCUUGGGUGGCAUUGUUGUACUGUCGCUCGCGGUGGCGAGAGCCCUCUCGUGUGUGUGCUCGCCGCUGGAGUGCGACAUUCUCACCGACGAAGACUGCCCCGGAGGCCUCACCUGGGAUCCCUGCAGGUGUUGCAAAGUAUGCGCGCGUGUCGAAGGCGAACCUUGCGGCGGUCUCUUCGGGUUUUCGGGCAGCUGCGCCGUCGGUCUGCAAUGUGUGAUCACGAAUCUACUACCUCGCAGUCGAGAAAUGGACGAGGGCGUGUGCACGAAAAUCCCAGGCAGAUGGAGGAGGCACUGUCCGCACGGGCCGAUGAUGUCGGGUCCCGGCUGCAACCUGGUCGGCGAGGGAACCACAUCGGCCGAGACCGGAAGUGCAGCGGCCGCCGGCAAAUGCGUUUGCGGUCCGUCCGUGCCCUGGUGCCCGGGUGAGCCGCGGCCGUACAUGUACGCGACGCGGCACGAGUGCAAGCUCAAUUUGGAGGCGAAAAUUGCUUACGAUGACCUCUAUAAUUCUGGAGACACGCCGAGCAGCGCUACUAUUGAGGAUAACAACAUUGUAUAUUACAAUUCCGCUGUUGCAGAUCGCAUCGGCACGUCGUUCGGCGAGUCGGCAGCGGCGGCGACGCGGGGCGAUUGGGAGCAGAUGGGCGAGGGAAAAGAAUCGAGACAAAACGGCGACUGGAAGGACGACGAGAGGACCACGGGCGGCACGCGGUUCACCAGCUGGACAGGAGGAACCGCCGACGGCUGUCCCGAGGACAGCGUGCCGAACGAGAACGAUGGCGGUUGUAAAUGCGCGGAUUGUCCACCCCGCAAGUGUCGACCGGGUCAAUGGCCGAUGCCGGUGAGAGGCACGUUUUCCGGGACCCCCGGUAAUUGCUGUCCGCGCUACAACUGCGUUCCCUCAGAUCACCAUCACCGGAUCGAAUCGACGUGUCCGGAGGACAGCGUUUUAACGGAUGACAGUACCUGCAAAUGCGUCCCGACGUGUCCACCACCCAAGUGCCGACCUGGUCAACGGCCGAUCCAAGUGCGAGCAGCCAAACCCGAGACACCCGGUAGCUGCUGCCCCCUCCACGACUGCAGACCCUCAGAUCCGAUCUCCUGGGCGAAACCCGAGGAGAAGCCGCAGAACUGUAUUCACGAGGGCGUCUCGAGGAGACUCGGCGAGGAGUGGAAGCAGAACGACUGCAUCACUUGCGUCUGCAACGAGGACGGAACCGCGUCCUGCCAAACUACCAUGUGCAAGUCUUGCGAGAACGCGAUACCGCCCGAUCCCGGCGAAUGUUGUCCUCACUGUCCACCACCGACGAACAGUAGCACCGGCUUCGAUCAUCAUUCUGACAGCGAGUCUUGCGAAACGCUGGACGAUUGCAAGAUGAAGUGUUACCACGGUUUCCGCACGGACAAGAAUAACUGUCCGAUUUGCGAGUGCGAGGAUUGGGAGGAGACCGACUUCAUGCCGGAUGUACUGCCGGAGGAUUACAAAGUUUGCCCGGAACUGCCGCACUGUGGACUGAACUGCGACCUCGUCAAGGACGAGGAUGGUUGCACGGUGUGCGCCUGUCAGACACCGCCGCGUUAUUAUCCACCGCCCAACGAUACUGCUCCGGAUGCAAUUAAUGACAAGAAGAUCUGUCCCGAGGUCAAAUGCAAUCUUCACUGUGAACGUGGCCUCGUUAUGGACGAGAACGACUGCACCUUUUGCGAAUGCAAGCCGUCCACUGCUGGUUGCUCGCCGCUUGUCGGAUGCAGAAAAAGAUGCAACUUCGGUUACAAAACGAACAAACGCGGCUGUCCUAUAUGCCGCUGUCGAGCUUCGUGCAUGGACCAUUUGAACGAGACGCAUCCGGAGGGAUCGACUUGGCAUCCGAACAGCUGCACCACGUGUACUUGUGAGGCUGGCGGACGGCUUAAUUGUAAAGAAACCAUCUGCUCGGUGGCUUGCAGUAAUCCGCUGCCACCGAAACCAGGCACUUGUUGCCCCAUGUGCCCGAUCACGAUCAAGAAGAACGACACGGUUAAUCAAAUUACUAAUCGAGGUUGGGGCACAGUACCGAUUACGUUAAUCGUCGUACUCGCGUUACUGUGUCUGCUACUGAUAAUCCACAUCGUGCGCAACCGAUUCCGCGGCCGUCUGUCACCCUCGGAGACUUCGUAUGCGUCGUACCCGCCACAAUAUUACAAGUGUGUGCCCGCCUACGACACCCCGGUGCAUCGAAACGAGAAGAUCGUACCUUUGUAAAAGACUGUUGUUGAUCCCCAAAGAGAGCGCGCGAUUAUCGGCGAACACAACUUUGCGAUUACACGCAAAUACAAGCGAUUCGCUAACUUUUAUAUACGCGAUUGCGUCGACAAGAUCGACUCAGGACUUUACAAUCGCGAUACGAUAUCGAUAUUAACUCUUAAACAGUGGAUCUUUCAUUUGUAAAUUACAAUCCAUUGUUCAUAGACAAAGAAAUGCGGCAAAAUAUAUCUUGUAUAAAAAAAUCAUAGAAACUUUUUAAAAAAAGUCUUUCUAAAAUUAUACAAACUUUAUCAAGUCAGAAUUUAGUCAAGUCCGAGAUAUAUACUAAAUUAUUCUAUAUCGAUGAAUGAAAAAGAUGCCUUUAAGAGUUAAUAGCAGUGGAUGAUUUAUUAACUUAUCGAUAGUUUAAUGCCAGAUACAUAAACUUGUUAACAUCACGCUAAUUCAAGAGUAGAGCGAAUAUCGAAGGAAAACAAAUAUCGCGAAAUAUUGUAUAACUUUCUCUCUUUGGGUCUGGCUGAAAAUACUUUACGUAGAUUCAGUAUUAUCUAUAAGCGACAGUGAGUGUGUGUUGUGAACUUUAAAAGAGAGAAGAAGAAAGAAGGAGAUGAAAGAGAACCGCUAAUUUGAACCAAACUAUAAAACAUAUUUGCCGAGUCCUCUUGAAUCCCUUGACUUCAUAUGACACGCACUGUGUAACUUGUAAAUUAUAAUUAAAACUGUAGCGUAAUUACGAUUAAUUAAUAUAGGUAUAAAUGUAUUAAUGUUAAUCCAUCGUAGGACACUCUAACUUACAUUUAAAAAAAAUUGUAAAAGAGACAGGUCUUCACCGUAGUAUUAGUUGCCUUGAUCUCUGGACCACCAUUAUUAUCUCGUGUUGUAUUAAUGAACGUUUAUAUGAAAUAAAAAGUAUUUGUUUUUCUUUUUUUUAUAUGUGGAUAUUCAAAUUCAUAGCGAUCCGAAGUGAUUAUUGAAUAUCGCUUACGAAGUAAGAAUAAUUUUUUUCUAUU